GUGGGGGGAGAUAAUGAGCGCAGAAGAGAUCGUCCACAGUUGAAUGGAUAGGCCCACCAUCGCUCAUCUCGUGUGCAGAUCUGAAUAUCGGUGUUCUUCGACAACGUAGGACAGGAUUAUCGAUUGUUGCGAAGUAGAUUGAGAAGGUGUGAGUGACAUGUGGAGUCUGCAGUACAGGGAGUUUGAUUGUAGGACAGUUGAACGUAGAGGUGAAGAGACUACCUCGUGUGUUCGAUCACUAACGCAUUGGUUUUGGAUCGACGGACCGACCGCACUAGUUGUAGGACAUACUAGCGUACUGGUGUACAGAACCAGUGGUGCGUUUCGACGUGAUGGAUGAGUUGCAGGGCAGGAAAUCAUCCUCCAGAGAAAACACUGAUGUGAACACCCAGGAUUGUGACAGCCGCAAAGAAAGAAGUUCUGCUGAGAGGGAAAUAGCUCGACUGAGAGCUUGAAGUGAUGCAUUGGAAUGUAGUCAAGUUUAUACAGGUAAACAGCCAGGAUCGAUUCAGUCGAGGCAAAGCAGAAGCACCCUGGAAACUUGGAUAAUUUCUCAAGGUUUGUCGUCAAGUCACAGGUUGGACAUCUGCAGGAAUGAAUCCCUUACGAUUAUUUUCGAAGGUGGUUUCAACAUCACCGAAGAAGCUUUCUUUCGAUGUAAGCGAUGGAGCUGGACCAGCACAGGCCUACUCUUCGCCAUCCCCACCAGCUUCCUCACCAUCUCGACCAGCUUCUUCGCCAUUGCUACGAGCGCUCUCUCCAUCUCGGCCAGCUCUCUCGCCAUCUCGCAGUCCGUUCGUAGUAACUACCCGUGGAGACCCCCAGCCCUGUCAUCCAUUGUCGCCAGGGGAAUUUCUGAUCCCUGGAGUUGAAUCCUCGCAAGAGGACUUCGCUGUCUCGUCCCCUGUGAUAGCCGAUUUCGAACUUUCUCCUCCGCAUAGUGAUAGGAUUUCGAAGGGUUAUAGAAGGUGUGAGGAAUCCCCGGCUUCGGAGUUUGGGCGCAUAGAUGGUGCCAGUCUGGGAGCCACAGCAACCAAGUCCUCGAAGCUGCCGACUUCAUGCCGCGGGAAGAAGAGCACGCCAACACAGGGACGGGGGCAUCAGCCCUGUAGUAGUUCCCACGGCAAAGGAAAUCAGCAUCGCCGAUCUUUGAGCAACAUCCCUCGCUUGGAUAUCAAUGCGGGCAGUACUACUGGAGAUUCUCCAUUGGCUCCUCCUGCUCGAACGUUGCGGCAGUCCGCAUCGUUCUCCGGAGUUUCCACGCCGCGAGGCAGUCGAACGCAAACUAAUGCAGACUCGAACACUUUUUUCUCAGGAAACUCUGGUUCCACUCCUCGAAGCGCUGGAAAGCCGACGAGGUACGGAGGUGUCCUCGCUGGUGCCAAUGCUGCACCUGGAACUCGGUUGCCGAAGUCUCUCCUGCAGCACGACGAGGAGCCUGAUCGGAUCGAGCUGGAGGAGGAUCCCACUUUUUGGAUGGAUCACAGUGUGCAGGUUUUGAUUCGGGCGCGUCCAAUAAGUAGCGCCGAGCUUUCACAGCAAGGGGUUGCUAGGUGCGUGAAGCAAGAGAAUGCACACACAAUUUCGUGGCUAGGGCAACCGGAGACAAGAUUCACCUUCGACCAUGUGGCAGGUGAAUUCGUCACUCAGGAGGAGCUGUUUCGAGUGGCGGGAUUACCAAUGGUAGACAAUUGUAUGGCAGGGUACAACAGUUGCAUGUUUGCUUACGGCCAGACGGGCAGCGGCAAGACGCAUACCAUGCUUGGAGACAUGGAACAUUUUGAUCAACAACCUAAUGAGAAUCGCGGCAUGACGCCACGAGUCUUUGAGUACCUGUUCGCGAAGAUUCAGAAGGAGGAAGAAUCUCAGAAGCACAAAGAGUUGAAGUACAAAUGCAGGUGCUCUUUCUUGGAGAUCUACAACGAGCAGAUAUCGGACUUACUCGAGCCCGCCUCAACGAACUUGCCGAUGCGUGAGGAUAUGAACAAAGGGGUGUACGUCGAAGGUUUAUUGGAAGUUGAAGUGCAGAAUGUGCAAGAUGUGCUGCAUCUCCUGCUACUCGGUGCGACUAACAGGAAAGUGGCUGCCACUACCAUGAACAGAGAGAGCAGUCGGUCUCACUGUGUUUUCACUUGCAUAAUCGAGAGUCAGUGGGAGUCUGAUGCCAUGAUCAACUUCCGAUUCGGACGGCUCAACCUCGUCGACUUGGCUGGUUCAGAACGACAGAAAGCCACUGGCGCAGAUGGGGAGCGUUUGCGAGAAGCAGCUAGUAUCAACAAGUCUUUGUCAACCCUGGGGCUUGUCAUUAUGGUCUUGGUGGACGUUGCCAAUGGGAAGCAGCGGCAUGUUCCCUAUCGAGAUUCAAAGCUUACUUUCCUCCUUCAGGAUUCUCUUGGAGGCAACUCAAAAACAACAAUCAUCGCCAACAUCAGUCCUUCUAGCUGUGCUUCAUCGGAGACUCUCAGCACCCUCAAAUUUGCACAGCGGGCGAAAUUCAUUCAGAACAAUGCUGUGAUCAACGAGGAAGCCACUGGAGACGUGAAAGGAUUGCAAGAGCAAAUCCAACAGCUCAAGGAUGAGCUCGCUCGUGUCCGGAGACAGAGCAUAUCAAGGAUGCCGAGCUUGAGUCCGUCAGAAGAUAACACCCCUGUCGAUGCGUCGAAAGACUUCUUCGAUCCUCUGAGAAGCUCUACUGAGGGCUCCUUCUUGCAGUUUGGCAGAGCUGUGUUGGGACCAACAGCUUUGAACCAAAAGAUAAAGGGAUUGGAAGGUCUUUUAGCAGCCGCAUUACGAAGAGAAAAGUUUGCAGCGAAGACAUCAACGGCUGAAAUUCAGCAUCUGAUACGCUUGGUGAGGCAACGAGAGGACGAAAUAGUUUUUCACAAGUCGUUACUCCAAUCAAGGGAGCUUAAGGUUCGUCGACUGGAAGCUCCUUCUCAAACCUCUGGUGUGGAGGAAAGAAGUGUCCCAUUUCAGGAGUUGAAUCUUAGGACUGAGCAGUCCAUCGAUCCAGAUCGCGGGGGGCUGGGUGUGGGGAACCAUAGCCUUCAAGAGCAACUUCCAAGGUGGCCUUCCUGCCAUGGAAACUCUUCCUUUGACAGGUCUGAUAAACACGAUGCAUUUGAGGAGAGGGCAACUUUGAUGCAAGACAUCUCCGACUUGAGAGAAAAACUUCUGGAGAUGUUGGACAGAAAAGCUGCUCCAGGCUCUGUCGUUACACCCCAGCAAGAGGCACUCGUUGCCGAACUUGCUGCUGAAAGACGAGUAGCAGAGCUUCUUCGAAGUGAGGUUGAGUCCUACCAACGAGAUCUCGCAGAUUACCAUAUGAAGCUGCGGACCAGUUUGGAGUCAAACGAGAGAGUCGCAAGUGAAUUGGCUGCUUCGAAAAAGGAGCUGGAGAGCUCACAGUAUGAGUGCAGGAGGCAGAAACAAGUGAUUAGGACCCUUCAGGAAAAGACGAAAGAGGUUGAAUGUUUGGAGUCGAAGCAAGCGCAGCAUCAACAGUUCAUGCUCGAGCUGAAGACGCAGCUCCAGAAGAGCGAAGAGAAGGCCGAGCAGGAAGCGAGCAGACGUAGCAAGCUGGAGCUUCAGUUGCAAGAGGCCCUCCAGGAAUCCACGAACUUGCAGACGGAGCUUCAGUGGACACGAGACUCACUGGAGGAAGUCGAAGCCCUUGUGGCAACCUUACAGAAGAGUGAACCAGUGCUGGAGAUUGGAGACUCUGAGGCUUCAUAUGAAGCUUUUAUGAUAGGGCAGUUGCAAUCCGAGAUAAUCGAAAUGCAUAAAAGGCUAGAAGAUGAACGCAAGCGUGGAAGAGAAUUAGAGAAGCAGCUCUCAAAUAACCCUAAGAGGGAAUCUGUUAGUGAAGCUCACCAUAAACGCAACACAAGCACUGAGACUUGUAAUAUAACGGGGAAGAAGAGGGUGAGACAUCACGAUGCUAUCAUACAGUUGCAAAUGGAGCUGGAGUCCAUAGACGGGGGAUCACCAAGUAGGUCAGAUCCUAUUAAGGGAUAUAGAUGGGAGUCAGGCACGCAUGACGAGGAAGUUGAGGUGAAGCACACGAUGACCAUUAUGCAGCUGCAGCUGGACUUGGAAACACUAGAAGGCGUUCUCGCUGAGGAGCGCCAAAACCUGGCAGAGUCGAGGGCUGCUUCUGAACUCUUACAGCAGAAACUGGAAGAGGCUGAAGCCAAGCUUGAAAAGGAACCAUUCAAAGUGGAUACUCAGAAAAGCAGUAAAACUGUUGACAAGAUCGAGGACCAGUUGCAGCAAGUAGAGAAAGAGGGAGGAGAAAUGGCCAAGAUGCAGGAGGCUCUUUCUAUUGCGAGGGAGCAUUUCAAUUUGGAGAGGCAGACUUUGGUUGCAGCGGCUGCUGAAGUCGAGCAGCGGUAUGUCUCUGUAAAGAAGGAACUUGAGGCAACUCUAGAACAUGUCCAGAGCCUCAAGGAACGAACCGAGGAUGCCGAAACCCGUGAGCUUUCUCUUCAAGCUGAGAAGAUGAAGCUCGAGGAAGAGUUCAAGAAGCAUGUAGAAGCUGCUCGUGUACUUACCGAUGAUUUGCAAAAACAGAUGCAAAUGAAAGAAGAGCAAAUGGUUAAGCUGAAGGAGCAGAUGGCACAAAAACAAGACUGGGUGGAUAAGGACCAUACAACUGCAAACUUGCAAACCAAGUUAAAAAGUUUGAAAAAUGGUGCAUUUGAAAGUGCUCAAGCCAUAGGACUUAGAUGCCUCUCGAGGAAUGAAAGCAUGGUACAGCUCGAAAAGAAGCUUGAGAACAUGACCGAAGCUAUGGACCAGCUAACCGAGGAGACCAUACAAUUGCAAAGAGAGAUUUCGCUUCUCAAGAAGGAUUCUGAAGGUGCAAGUCAACUCCUCGGGCAGAAAGAAGAGGAGUUGGCCGUGGCGCUGAAAAAAUUAACUAACGUAGGGGACCUUCUAGAGAAAGAGAGUAAUAAAAUUCAGGAAAUUUCAGUUGCAAUAACCGAAGCUGGACGUUCAGAAGAGAGCUGGAUUUGCGCGAGGGACUACUUGACGUCAAAGAUUUUAGGAUUGCAGUCAUGCACGGAACACUCAUCAGGGGAGGCCGAACUUGAGCUUGCAAGGACACAAAUUCUCCUGGCAGGUUCAGAAGGCAAGGUGAAGAUUCUCUCUGAGAUGAUCUCUAAGAUGCAGAAAGCUCUAGAUGAGCCAUCUGAAAGUGAGCAGGAGAUGGAUGUGGUCAAGAGCUCCGAUCGUCCUCUGCGAAGGCUACCCGAGAAUCGUUCCCGGACAUCGUUGAGCGAUGGCAGCCCCAAUAAUAAUAAGCUUUCAGAAAAGUUGCGGCAAGAUGUUGCGAAGGUGAAGGCUGAGAAUGCGAAGCUGCGCACCAAGGUCCACGAGAAGGACAACGCAAUCUUAAGCUUUCGGAUGCAGUUGUCAUCUGCAACGACGAAGUGCAAGGAGAUUGAAGUCAUGGCCACAAACACGGAAAAGAAACUACGUCGUCAGCUGGAUUCGUUGAGAGAAAAUCUUCAGACUGCUAGGAGAGAUACUAAGAAGUACAAAGAUCAAGUCCAACAAUCUGAAGUCGAAAUGGAGAAAUUGACCUUUUUGCUACUUCAGACCGAAGAGCGGCAGACGAAAGCCGAGCAAUCUUGGAUGAAGGAGAAGGCCGAGCUCCAAAGUCAGAAAUAUGAGGCGGAGUUAGAGGCGGCCACGAAGAAACUCAAACUUCCUGCCAGGUUUGCCAAGAUAGAUAAGUGGCAGAGGCAGCUGAGCGAGGCCGACAAGUUGGUGAACAUGCUGGUGAAGGCGAACGAGAAGUCCAGGCAGGAAUGUAGUCAGAAAUCAGUAGAGGUAGAGAUGAAGGACAAAGUGAUUCUGGAGUUGCUGGAUACCGUGGCGAUGACGAAGGCGCAGCUUGACACAACCAUGAGCCAUUUUGAGAAGGAGAUUCGUGCAAUAGUUGUGGAUAUGAGGCUUCUAAAGACGGAUCUUAAGAGGGACUUCAAGAAUCUGCGGAAAAUACAGCAAACUUCUCUGGACGAAAUGACAAUGGAGACGACGCUCUCAGUGAAGGGUUUGGGAAGCGAAGGACAAUACAAGGUAGCCAAUGUGAUAUUGGCUGAGAAUGAUGCGAUUAUUCAAAAUCUCCAAGCAGAGGUUGCCGAGAUUUCUAAGGAGACGUGGAACGUACAAACUGAUCAGCAGGCGACCGUGAAAGCCUUACAAAAGAAAGAGGAGACGAUCAGGAAUAUUCUGAACGAAGUGAUUCAUCUUAGGCAAAGUGCAGACCGAAGCAUGUCCCUGCGGCAGAGCAUUUCAGACCUUGGAGGAUCUCGUACUCCUUUUAAACAGCCAGCAGAUUUUGGCCAUGCUCCUCUCAAACAAGAUUUGUUUCAGCCGAACGUAAUGAGGGACGCAGAGCUCGGACAAACACCUUUGAGGAGAUCCUUUUCGUGUAAGUUGAUUGAAGAGAAAGAGAUGACGCUGAGCGUGCUCAAGGAAGAGCAAGAGUAUCUGAAGUCUAUGGUGUUCAGUCUCGACACGGAAAACGCAGAGUUGCAGCAACAAUUGCUGGACUUAGAAGCAGAGUCUACAGCUUUAAAGUCCACCAUAGAUAACCUUGAGAGGGAGCUUCACGACACUAAUCGCGGGCGAUGCGAGGAUGUAGCUGCGCUAGUGGAGCAGCUCCGGGAGAGCACCCUUCACAUCAGUGAGCUGGAAGUCCAGAGGAAGGAGCUUCGAGAUGAAAUGCAGCGCCAAGCGGUAUCAUUCGCUGUGCUUUACGAGCAGCUCCAGAAGCAGGAGAAAUUUGAAGACGGAGCGCGAAUUGCUGGAUGCAAAGCCCAUGAGGACAAAGAUGUAUUGCAAACACUCGAGCAAGAGAGAGCUGAACUCAAAAGUGUCGUUGAGAUGCUGAAUGCGGAAAUGAUGGCUCAACAAGCCGAAUCAAGACAAAUGAGAUUGCAGAUCGAAGCUGUAGAGGCAGAUCUGAACAUGAAAACAAAUGAAGUAGUCCGAAUCACUAAGGAGGUUGAAGGACUGAAAUUUUCAGCAGGACUGGCUGAACGAGAGGCCGAAACCCUACGAGUCAUGGUAGAAGAACUGGAAAGUAUUAAAGCUCAUCUAGAGGAGCAACUUCAAUGCUCAAAAGGUGCCACCGAUUCCAAGGUGGAGGAGCUCAAAGCGGACCGAGACAAGCUCCAAGAUGAUCUAAACCUCUUCAUGGAUCAGAUCGAGGAGAUCCAAGCUCUCGCCGAUGAAAGGAGUGCUGCUUCGACCGAAGCUCGCAAGAUGGCGGAGCUAUACAGGACACUAGCAGAUGAGAAGGAGGUUGAAGUGGAGAUUCUAGGGAAGUCUGUACAGGAACUGGAGAAUACAGUUUCUACACUGGAGUCUCAGGUCGGCGUUUUGAAAAUAGAGUGCGAGCGGCAACGCUUGAUGAGACAAGAGAUGGAAAGUGAGCUCGAAGGUCUUAAGAAUCAAAUUUCCAUCAUGCACGCUGCCCUGCAUGAAGCGAGUCUUCGGAGUGGUGAUGAACUCCUAGAAACCAAGCUACGUAGGGAAGAUGCAGAAAGGAUGCUGGAGGAACGCGAGGCAGAGAUGCAGUUGUUGCGGAAGAAGCUGGAGAAAUUCCAAAUGCAAUUAGAAGAAAACAAACCAGUAGAACAUAUUGAACCCCAGACUCCGCCUCGUAUCCUGAAGGGGCAGAAAGUUCAGAAAGGAUCAGUAUCUCCAUUUGCAUGUAUGAAAAUGAACCACCAGAUCCACUUGGAGCUUGACGAGGAGAGGAAAUCUUACGAACGUCGCAUCCAGGAGCUGGAGGAUGUGCUUGAUAAUCACCAAAACGAGGUCACGGUGCUUCACGAAAAGCUGGCAGAUGCCGAGAGGAUGACUCGCGACGUCCUCCGUGUUCUACGUGGUGUCAAAUUGGACAUGGCCAACGUUGCGACACUUUUGGACGAGCAGCAUGUUGCAGAAGGAGCGAAGAAUGACAAUCAACCACUCCACAAGGAUGAGGAAAUAGAGCACAUCCUCACGCAGCUGAAUGAUUUCAUUGAAGAGCGAGAAAGUUGGUUGGAGAUGAUCAGUCGAAAGCAGGUCGAGCUGAAUGCUGCUCAAGCAUCUUUGGAAAAUCUGCGAGAACGAGAGAAGACCCUCCUUGCAGAAAACAAGAAGCUGAAAAGCGAUAAUCGAAACCACGUGAAGAAGAUUGGGCAGCUGGAACAAGAGAUCAAGACUCUCUCAGGGCAGCAGAACCUGCAGCAGCGGAUAAAACACCACGCAAAAAUCAAGGAGGAGAACAAUUCCCUUCGAAUCCAGAAUAAUGACCUGAACGCAAAGCUCAGACGUGCCGAGCAUCUCAACACGCGUAUCAGCGAUGAAUUAGCCAAGUAUCGCACCUCGCAGGGCAAACCAUCUACGCUAAACAUCGAAGAAGAGCAGCGUCUGCGCACCGUGCUGCUAGAAACCGAGGAACAGCGAGACAAAGAGGCCCAGAAGCUAUCGAGCUUGUGUGCAAGCAUCGUUAGGGCCACCGGAAUGGCCGGCUCCGAUGCUGACACUGACCCAGUGGUGGCUCUGGAAAUCGUCGAGCAAAUGAAAGACCGCUUGGAAUCCACGCUUCAAGAAUUCGAGGACUUCAAGAUCAAGACACGAAUUUCGGGAGAAAGACAGCGAUUGAACGAGCUGCGCACCGCGCAUUCUCCCAUGCGAGGCAUGGACGUUCAAAGCUUAACGCCCAGAUGACCCUCGCACCAUUGAGCUCUUCCAAGUUUUUUUUUCCAUGUACAGUCGCCGACGUAGAGUAGCUUCGAAUGCAUGUUACCACUCCCACUCGCAGGUCCGACUUGUAAAUUCACAAGCUCAUAGAAAUGACCCUAUUCUUCGAUUCACCCGUGAUGAAUUCGCUGGCCCCCGUCAUCGUGUGGUGCCUCUAAGCCAUUAUUCUAGGUGGUGGCGAUGGCGAUGUCGAUUUAUUCGCCGCCGCGUGCGUAGGUGCAUGGGUGAGUGGCCCUACACAUCAUGGUGUUGUAAUAUCACAAUUUCUUUUUAAAUCGUUCUUUUUCGUGUCCGGAUUCGCAUCAUAACUCGUUACAUGACGAUGACAAGUUUAGAAGUCAUUUGUCCGGAGUUGGAUUACGUUGUUGAAGGCCGCGUUGGAGUUUUAACUCCGACUCCUGCGAAACAUUAAAUAGUGUAAUAAAACUCAUUAGCCGGACAUUAAAUAGUUGUUGCAAGCUUACGUCAUAAAAAAUGUCAUAGUAUCUUGUUACAACUCAGAGAUGGUGUCUCAUUAGGAAGUUAUCUAUUUUUGUAUCUGGAAAAGUGAAAUAUAUUUGUAUUUGCGGAUACAAAUGAUUCUUUUGGUGAAA